AUGGGGAUCGAGCUCGACAGGUGGAUCGAAAAGGUCAAGAACUGCGAGAUAUUGGAGGAGCCGGAGCUGCGGACGCUGUGCGAAUACGUCAAGGAGCUGUUGGUGGAGGAGUCGAAUGUGCAGCCUGUGAACCUCCCUGUCACGGUCUGCGGGGACAUACAUGGCCAGUUCCACGACCUGCUGAAGCUGUUUGAGACUGGUGGCGAGGUGCCAUCCACAAGCUACAUCUUCAUGGGGGACUUUGUCGACCGAGGUUACAACAGCCUGGAGGUGUUCACGCUGCUGUUGUUGCUGAAGGCAAGGUGGCCGGCACACAUGACGCUUCUUAGAGGAAAUCACGAGAGUAGGCAGAUCACACAGGUGUAUGGUUUCUAUGAUGAGUGCCAACGUAAAUAUGGCAAUGCAAACGCGUGGAAGUUCUGCACUGAUGUCUUCGAUUAUCUCACCCUUGCGGCUAUCGUUGAUGGAGAGAUAUUCUGUGUGCAUGGAGGCCUGUCCCCGGACUUGAGGACAAUCGAUCAGGUUCGCACAAUCGACCGAAUUUGUGAGAUCCCGCAUGAGGGCCCCUUUUGCGAUUUGGUUUGGAGCGACCCAGAGGACAUCGACACCUGGGCAGUGAGCCCUCGUGGUGCAGGGUGGCUGUUUGGAAACAGAGUAGCAUCAGAGUUCAACCACAUCAAUGGUCUGGAGCUCAUCUGCCGUGCCCAUCAACUCGUCCAGGAGGGCCUCAAAUAUAUGUUCCCCAUCCGCCCCAUGGAGACGCUGGGCGAGAGCCCAUCGGAAGGGGAGGCUGACAACGAUCGGCCGCAGUACCACUUGGUCACUGUGUGGUCUGCACCGAAUUACUGCUACCGCUGUGGCAACGUCGCAUCCAUAUUGAGUUUCGACACCGAAAGGAGGCGGUCUGAAAAGGUGUUCAACGCGACUGUGGAGAAUGAAAACAUGUUGCCGCCAAGGAGCACAGUGCGGUAUUUCUUGUAG